CUUACACAGCCACUGUCGGGGAACCGUUCGACGCGUCUCAAAUCACGCAGCUCCCUCUCCUUUAUUCCACAUUUCCCCAUGAACCCUACCCUGUCAGCGUAAGCGUCUGACUACCUAUGGAAUCGGCUAUUGCCAAACAACUCAUUGACAAAAUCUACGAGAAGCGGAAGGCGGCUGCCCUUGACCUUGAGAAACAGAUUCGAGAAUGUCACCAGCAAGGGGACGAACGGCGUAUUACCCAGAUAAUCGACCAACUCGUCGAAAUGUUCAACAAUCCGGCCAACCCUUUACAUAUGCGUAACGGCGGCUUAAUAGGGCUGGCCGGCACUGCUAUUGCAUUAAGUGUUGAUGUCGCACCGUACAUGGAUAAGUUCGUGCACCCCUUAUUGGAUUGUUUCGUCGACCCCGAAAACAGGAUACGCUACUUUUCAGCAGAGUGUCUAUACAACAUAGCGAAGGUGUCGAAGGGAGAGGUUCUGGUGUAUUUCAAUGAGAUAUUCGAUGCCUUGAGCAAGCUCGCAGCUGAUUCGGAGUUGUCGGUAAAGAACGGCGCUGAGCUUUUGGAUCGUCUUCUGAAAGACAUUGUUGCCGAAUCAGCCUCUGUCUAUAUUCCUCAGUAUCCUGAAACCGAAAAGGUCCGCGAUCAAGUUCAAGGCGUUUUGGUAACACAUCCUGACGGCACUCUUGGAAAUGAUGGUGAAGGACCCAGGAAGGCCUUCUCUCUUGCACACUUCAUUCCGCUACUUCGCGAGCGUAUUUAUGUCGUCAGUCCUUUCACAAGAAGUUACCUAGUGUCCUGGAUCACCGUUUUAGACUCGGUCCCGGAACUCGAGCUGAUUUCAUAUCUUCCAGAAUUUCUAGACGGGCUUCUCAAGUACCUCUCCGACCCCAUCGAAGACGUACGCGUAGCGACCGAAACCCUACUUGCGGAAUUUCUUCGCGAGAUACGCGAUAUAAGUGUGGUUCGGAAGCAAAUAACAGAGUCUCCCCUUCAACAGUCGAAAUACAGCGAGAAAUCUGAUUCUAGGCGAUCAGAUAACGCAAGUGAAAAAAUUCUUGAUACUCCGAUUGAGGAUGCAGAGCGUGCAGCAUUUAUUAUUGAUCAAGAUGAACGUUCUUCCUAUGAUCCCGACCAUCUCAGAGAUGAUCUCACAUCUGAUAUUGACUUUCGGGAUGCCGGUGUCUGGAUUCCUGGACAAGGAGUCAGAAUAGACUAUUUGGCGAUUGUAGAAAUACUGAUCCAGCAGUUGGAUGGAGAACAUGACGAAAUCCAACAGUCCACCGCUCUGCGAUGGUUGGCAGAAUUUUUGACCUUCGCUUCGGAUGUCAUGCUUCCUUUUACUCCUCGUCUCAUUCCCGCAAUACUACCCAACCUCGCUCACCACGUCAGCAUGAUUCAAUCAGUGGCCAUCCGCGCCAAUAAGCUUCUCUUGAACGUCAUCCAGAACCUCCCUUCCCCAUCUGAAGCAUCGCCGCGUGACAAAGUCGCACCCGCCAGAAAUCGUGCUUCUCCUACACCAGCUACGUCGGCCUCAAAUUCGCGGCAGUCCACGACGGGAAAAGAUUCCACCAGAGAAGCCUCAUCACCCGAAUCUGCAGCAGAAACGACUACAGCACCUGCUAAUGCCGGCACGGGACUUAGUGGACUUUCCCGAAGUCGGGGGAGUGGCGUGGACACGACUUUGACGCCGCGACCCGCCCCCGUUGUUGAUAUACAGACGAAUACAGGAUCUAGUCGAUCACAUUCACCUAUAUCUCUUAAAAGUCAAACGACUGGACCAAACACUAGCGUUCCUCCGGAGACAAUCCAGGAAGAGCCAGACCCUUUCGAUUACCAAGCUAACGUGAACGAAUUAACGAUUCAGUUCCUAAGCGAGUUUGAAGAGACACGAGUGGCAGCUCUUAAGUGGCUCAUCAUGCUGCAUCAGAAAGCUCCCAAAAAGAUUCUAGCUAUGGACGAUGGCACGUUUCCGGCAUUACUUAAGACACUGUCGGAUAGUUCGGAAGAGGUUAUCAAGCAUGACUUGCAACUUCUGGCUCAAAUCUCGUCAAGCUCAGAAGAGACUUAUUUCAAGGCUUUCAUGAUGAAUUUGCUAGAGCUUUUCAGCACCGACCGCAGACUACUAGAAACGCGAGGCAGUCUCAUCAUCAGACAGUUGUGUCUGAACCUCAACACUGAAAGAAUAUAUCGAACGUUCGCCGAGAUCCUCGAAAAAGAAGAUGAUCUUGAGUUCGCCAGUGGGAUGGUUCAGAAGUUGAAUAUCAUCCUUAUUACAUCACCAGAGCUAGCUGACUUCAGAAAACGUCUCAAGAGUCUUGAAACACGUCAAGAUGGGCAGGCGCUAUUCACUACCCUAUAUCGGUCUUGGUGUCAUAACGCAGUCGCUGUCUUUUCCCUAUGUUUGCUAGCACAAGCAUAUGAACAUGCGUCAAAUCUUCUCUACAUCUUUGCCGACCUAGAAAUCACUGUGCCAAUGCUAGUACAGAUUGACAAGCUAGUGCAGCUCAUCGAGUCACCUGUUUUUACGUAUAUUCGCCUCCAACUGCUAGAACCUGAGCGAUAUCCCCAUCUUUUCAAGUGCCUCUACGGCCUCCUCAUGCUGUUACCGCAGAGCUCCGCCUUUGUGUCCUUGAGAAACCGAUUGAAUGCUGUUAACUCGGCUGGAUUCCUUCAUAUUGCUCCGAAAUCGACUGUUGGGACAAUAUCUACCCGGUCCAAGAUUGGUCGCGAUGAGAUAAAAUGGCAGGAACUCGUGCAGCACUUCCGUUUGGUGCAGGCCAAACAUGAGAAGGCGCGACGCCAGGCAUUGGGCACAGAUACCACGUCAUUCUCUGAAUAUGCUGACCUUGAAAGACCGCUUGAUUCAGGAGAACGAACCGUUCGUAACGCAGGGGUAAGGCCACCCAUACGGAGAAAAGUGACUGGUGAUAUGUCGAUUCACGCCAAUGCACCUUCGGUACCUGUACCGGGUUCAAAUACGCCAUUCUCACCUCGAAACGGUGCAUUGUCCCCUUUGAAUCCACGGGCAAGGGGGAACAGUGGGAUGUUGGCUAGUGCGCUUUCACCAACCGGUGGUCUCCCAACUGCGGCGGCGGCGUUGGCGCAGCAAGCCCAGAAACAGAGGCGGACGAGCAGCUUGAAUCGGAACGCCAGGUCGUAGUCUCAAUCACCGAGGGCUGUUUAAUUCUUACCGUCAUUGUUUUGACUUGGCUAUCCGUUUCUUUGCUAUCAUAUACACCGGAUUAGUAUACACAUAUUCCCUUUAAUGCACCUGUACACGGCAAGUUAUGUAUGACGCAAUAUUGGCCAAGAUUGCUUUCCGUGCAAGCAAGGACAAAGCGAUUCUCGUCUUGAUCUGUUACUUUUCACUGCUACUUUUCCCCUAAUGGCCGUUACGAACGAAUUGACGCCUCUUGAUCCUGCCUACGUAUCUGGAUUGCUUUCUCGACAUCCGUUCGUGAAGAUAUCCGGCGUAA